AUGGCUGCACUAAUUCAUUCUUUCGUUGUUUUUAUAAAAUUCAUUCUUUAUCUGAAACUAACAUUUUGCAUGGAGGUAGAUUUCUUCACACCUGUUCGCGUGGAUCACCAAGAGGAUGAAAAGCAUCUGCACCGGCGCGCGGAGCAGGUGAAUGAAAGACAGAUCGUUAUUAAACUAAAUGCGUUCAAAGAGGAAUUUUACCUGCACCUCGAGCCGGAUUCUAGCUUCCUUGCACCGGGAACCUUCCCUCCUGAGAGCGGCUCCUUAGCAUCCAACGCUUCCGACCUCAGGGAAUGCUUCUACUCCGGUGAUGUCAACACAGAUCCGGACUCCUUUGCCGCGCUCAGCCUGUGCAAAGGUCUCCACGGGGGGUUCUACUAUAACGGCAUGGAGUAUUUCAUCAGCCAGGACAGGACUGAAGACGCAGCAGGAUUUAGAAACUCUUUGGACAGGACGCAUGUCAUCCGCCGCAGGAGACGCGCUGCGCACUCAGGAGGCAACUUCACCAGCAGGUGUGGAGUUGCACCUGACACCAGCUCCACCGCUUCCCUGGAGAAAUACAAGUACAUGAGUGAACUGGAUAACGAUGGCUUAACUGAAACUGUGCUGAAAACCUUGGGGAGAUCCAAGAGGUUCGCCUCCAUCCCCAGAUUUGUGGAGGUGCUCGUGGUGGCGGAUGAAUCUAUGGCUAAAUUUCACGGGGACGACCUGAAGCAUUACCUCCUGACCCUGAUGUCAGUGGCAGCCAGGCUGUACAAACACCCCAGCAUUUUCAACUCCAUAAACAUAGUGGUGGUGGGCUUCAUGGUGCUGAAUGAAGCCGACAAGGGACCCAAGGUUUCCACUAAUGCCGCUCUGACUCUGCGCAACUUCUGCUCCUGGCAGAAGAAGCUGAACAAACACAAUGACAAGCAUCCUGAGUACUGGGACACGGCCAUACUCUUCACCAAGCAGGAUCUUUGCGGGGCCACAACCUGUGACACACUGGGGAUGGCUGACGUUGGGACCAUGUGUGACCCGAAGAGGAGCUGCUCUGUCAUCGAGGACGACGGCUUGCCCUCCGCUUUCACGACGGCCCACGAACUCGGCCACGUCUUCAACAUGCCCCACGACAAUGUGAAGGCAUGUGAGGAGGUAUUUGGGAAACUAAAGGACAACCACAUGAUGUCUCCCACGCUGAUUCAGAUUGACAGGAGCCGACCCUGGUCUGUGUGCAGCGCCGCCAUCAUUACCGAGUUCCUGGACAGAGGUCAUGGAGACUGCCUGCUGGACCAGCCUCAGAGGCAGCUGUCUCUCCCUGAUAAUCUGCCUGGCUCCAGCUACAGCCUGCACCGUCAGUGUGAGCUAGCCUUUGGUCACGCCUCCAAACCGUGCCCAUACAUGCAGCCCUGCUCCAAACUGUGGUGCACCGGGAAGGCCCGUGGACAACUGGUCUGUCAGACCCGACACUUUCCCUGGGCGGACGGCACCAGCUGUGGCAACAGCAAGGUCUGCUACCGAGGAGCCUGCACUGACAAGAACACUACCAUGCACAUCAAGGUGGACGGCCGGUGGGGGAAGUGGGGUGCGUUUGGAGAGUGUUCCCGAAGCUGUGGUGGAGGAGUUCAGCUCGCCAAGAGACAGUGCGACAACCCGGUCCCUGAGAACGGAGGCAAAUACUGCUACGGCCUUCGCAUCAAAUAUCGCUCCUGUAACCUCAACCCCUGCCCUGACACAGGUAAGAGUUUCCGUGAGGAGCAAUGUGAGGCAUUCAACGGCUUAAACCUGAACACCAACCGGCUGGGGUCAUCUGUGGUCUGGGUUCCCAAGUAUUCAGGCAUCUCUCCCAAGGACAAAUGCAAGCUCAUCUGCCGCGCUAACGGGACUGGGUACUUCUACGUCCUCGCUCCGAAGGUUGUGGAUGGGACGCCCUGCUCUCCUGACACCUCAGCCGUAUGUGUUCAGGGAAAAUGCAUCAAGGCGGGCUGCGAUGGCAAGCUGGACUCCAACAAGAAGUUUGACAAGUGUGGUGUGUGUGGCGGAGACAACCAGGGCUGCAAGAAGGUCUCGGGGAUGUUCACCAAACCUGUUCAUGGCUACAACUUCGUGGUGAUGCUGCCAGCAGGAGCCUCUAACAUUGACAUCCGUCAGCGCGGCUAUCGAGGAAUGGUCAGUGAUGAAAACUACUUAGCUGUGAAGAAUCGCUACGGGAAGUACCUCCUGAACGGCAACUACGUGGUGUCGGCUGUGGAGCGCGACCUGCUGGUGAAGGGCAGCCUGCUGCGGUACAGCGGCACCUCCACGUCCGUGGAGAUUCUGCAGGCCACCAGACCCCUGCAGGAGCCUCUGACUGUGGAGGUGCUCUCUGUGGGGAAGAUGACUCCACCCAGGGUGCGCUACUCUUUCUACAUCUCCAAGGAGAGCAAGGAGGAGAAAACUCUGCAGAAAGAGGAGAGAAGCAUCAAAGCGCAGAACAGCGUCUUAGUGGACAGCAACAAAGUAGAAGCGAAGAAGCAGGUGAUGGGUAAGAGGCCAGUUAGUCACUGGGUGACAGGAAGUUGGGAAUUAUGCACGGUGACUUGUGGCAGCGGUCUCCAGAAGAGGUUGGUGCAGUGCCAGAGCAUGGAGGGGCGUCCUGCAGUGGAUUGCGACAGUGCUGACAGGCCUGCAGCAGUCAGAGCAUGUGGGGAUCCAUGCCCCAUGUGGGAUGUUGGCACCUGGUCUCACUGCUCCAAGUCCUGUGGAAGGGGCUUUAAAAGGCGGCCAGUGCGCUGCAUGACCGAGAAUGGUGGGAAUCUACCCAGAGAGCACUGCUCUGGAAGGAGGAAGCCUCAGGAACUGGACCUGUGCAACCUAAAACCAUGUUAGAGCAGAACUGACGCGGCCCAUGGACUUAUCUUUGGAAGUCAAACUGAUGAUUUGACACGACCUUUAGCCCAAAUCAGCGUAACAAUGAUUGUUUCGCUGUGUUGGGUAGAAAUACUCUCAACUUCAGUCUGACUGUAGUUGCAGAGGAAACCCAGUGGAGAUAGAGAGGAUCCUCCCCCAUCAUGUUUACAUGAAAAUAAAGACGAAAAGCUGUCUGCUCGUAAACUGUCAAACCAUCUGUGGCAGGUUUGACUUUCGGUUAGUCUACCUCGACCAGGAACGACGACAUGAUGCCUGUGUGAACUGUACACAGAGCAGAAAGAUGCAGAGACAGUGAUCACACACAUCUGCACACAAACAUCAUUUCUACACAUGCAGAGGAUGAAAUUCCAA